AUAAUCUAGAGACGAAAAAAAAAGCCAAAAAAAAUGUGUUGAUGAUCACUAACUCGCACUUCAAAAAUGCUCCGGCGGCGAAACUCAUCUUUUUCGUCUCUCUCCUGGAAGAAACCAGCCACUUUGUCUCUGAGAUUUCUCAAGCUCGAGGCUUCGUAGACCUCUGUCGUGAUGCGUCGUUCUGCAUCGAAGAAAUCGAGUCAACCUUCUACCGUCAGUUUGAUCGCAUCUUCAGCCACGGAUCUUUUUCGCUCCGGAGGCUCCUUAUGUCAUGGUGUUCUCUAUCUUUCUCAGUGCCGGUGAAGUUUGCUGUUGCUUCUUCUUUGCUACGUCUUUAUGUUAGUUGUUGUCGGUCCAGCUUCGAGUAAAGCUUUCAUCCAAGGAGAUGGAACGAAUAGAUAACUUGCUUUACCAAUAUGCCAAUAGGUCUUCCAACAUGAUUGAGUAAGCAUCCAUUAUUGUAUGAAUCAUAUUUCUCAACGAGGUACUUUAACGCGCAAUGUAAACUCA